AGCCUUGCAUCCACCGACGGGUGUGGGUGGGGUCGGGACAGUUAGGGUACGGAUAUGGUUGUUAAGCUGUAUUCUCACUGUUUCCACAACCAACCAUAACCUUACCUGUCAGCCGGAUAGCAAUAGAUACCUCAGCUACGCAAUAGCAUGAUGCCAUCACAGUGUAACAAAACACAACUCAGAAACAAAAGAGGUUUGUGUUCUUUCUUCUUGGCGAUGCCAUUAUUUAACAAAGAUUUAAUCAGUAAAAAGAAAAUCUGUUGCUCUCAACAAAAAGCCUUUCCUACUUUAUUUUUCUGCCAGGUCACACAGGAAGUGACUCUUUUUCAACCAAUCAACAGAUUGCUGUAUGUCAAGCUCCACCCUUCUGGGUCGAGCAGUUAGAUUGGUACCCCAAUGGAAGGGUACCAAAAAGUAGGACGGGUCGGGUCUGAUGUUGGAGUACCCUCCCCAGUUUUCACGUGUAGAAACACAUAAAAAUGCACCCCGACCCACACCCGCUGGUGGAAACGGGGCUUUACAGAAUGUAGUUAUACUAAUUUUAGACUGGAUGCAGUUAAAUAGAUUCAAAUGAACUGUAACAAUUCUGUUAAGGUUUUACCAAAAACCCUCUGAUUUAUAGAUGUUGUUAUAGAAUAUGUUGUUUUUGGUUUGUGUUUCUUUAAAGAGUGCAUUAACUCGCCAUGGAUUAAGGCACAGUUUUAUGUUAUAUACAGUUUACAGCUUAAGUUUUAAGUAAUUGUUUCUAAAGGUUAUAAAUGAAAUAGGUGAGGGAUCAUAGUGGGUAAAUAGUAGUCACAACUAAGGGCCAAAUUGCACUGAGAAGAAUGAGAAUAAAUUAACUGAGGAGUUAAAAAAUAUGGUUCUCAGGAAGUACGGUUGUUCUCUUUUGGGGCAUGAGAAGAUGUCUGGCUUGUUUAUUUUUGUGGAUAAGAGGAAAAAAAUGUCUACUGUAGAGUGUGAGGAGGAACCAACCAGACACCAGACCAACUUCCUUUUCUAAUAUAUAUAUUCAGCCUAAUAAAGUACUAUAUAUAAAGCUGUUCUUGUAUUCUUUAUUUACUGCAAAAUCUUCUCUUGAACAUUUGAGACAAGUAGGAAGAAGGUUUAGCUGAUUUUGGACAGGAAGCUGAUCAGACACAAAAAGUCCACCAAGAAAGAGGAACCAAUGCACUAUAAUAGAAAGAUUUCUUAAGACUCGUCGUCUGUGUUAGUUACGAAAAACCUGAAGAAAGCGACUCAGACAUUUUAAUGAUACGAGUAACAUGGACAUGAUUUUCAUCUUUAUGGUUUUUCUUCUGGAAGGGUUAUGCAAAACUGAUGCCGUGUCAGUGAAAGGAGAGGUGGGAGAUACAAUCAGAAUAAAAUGCUCUCAUGCGCAUGCCUCCACCAACAUCAAAUAUUUCUGCAAGGGGGCAUGUCGUAAUGAAGACAUCCUGGUUACAAGCCAAGACAAGAAAGACUCAAAUGCCAAAUACAGUAUAAAUGAUGAAGGGAACACGUUCUAUGUGUCUAUCUCUGACCUUAAGCUGGGAGACUCAGGAACUUACUGGUGUGGAAUUGAAAGAGUUGGCAUAGACACAUACUCUCAUAUAAUCCUUACAGUCGUAGAGGGCAGCUCAGAUGAGGUUGCAAAUACUUCAUAUUCUAAGAGGCUGGUUUUUAUCGGUGCAGGUCUUGGUUUGGCUGUGUUGGCUCUGUCAGUGGCCCUCUUGAUGUUCUUCAGACACAAAAAAAGAAGAACCAAAACAUUGUCUGGAAAGGACCAUGACACAGGAACUAAAACACUGUCCAUUCAGAAAGAAAAUGCACAUAGUGUCAACAUCCCUUCCUCAGCCAGCACGGAUCAACAGGCAGACAGCAUCUACAUGUCCUCGGCUCAGCAGCAAGGUAGCAGCGGGGAUCACCUGGAAGUUAUUUACUCCAAUGUGUCAUCUGCAACUGAGGUUCAACAAAACAACCUCUUUUAUUCCACCAUCAGCUUCAGUAACCUUACAGACAACGCUGUCCGUAAGACAGACUGCACACCUCAAACUGCAACAGCUACCUACUCAUCUAUAAUUGGUUCAGGUUUAUCCUCUGUGAUGAGAAAGCAAGAAGGACCUCAUAAUAAUAACUGCAGCACAACAGUGAGCCAAACCGCAUAUGUCAAAGACUCUGUUACCAUCAACUGCAAGGAUCCAAGAAGCAAGGAAGACAACAUCAAACACUUCUGCAGAAAAGACAGAAAUUUGAAUUGUCUAAUAUCAUCACACACUUCAAAUGUGACUAAAAAAGACAGGUUUACUCUGAUAAUUGACAAACAGAAAGGGGUCUACAAUGUGACCAUUUCCAGACUGACUCUGGAGGAUGCUGGAAGUUACUGCUGUGCUAUAAAUAGAGUUGAUGACAUGUCUGACAAUCCCAUCUUAUGCUUGAGUGAGAUCAACCUCCAUAUUCUGAACUGGGAUGACAUUGAACCAAUGAAAAUAAUUCAUCUUCCUUUAAAAACAGCAGAAAUUCGCUGUGAAUAUUCUGAAGGCCACGAGGGAAGUUCAAAAAUCCUGUGCAAGGGCGAGAAUCCUUUUGACUGUGAAAAGUUAAUAAAUACUUCUGAAGUGGACAGAGAUGUAGCUAUGAGUAGGUUUCAUAUAAGAGAUAACCAAAGAAAAAAAUACUUCUAUGUGAACAUCAAUAACCUAAGCAAAGAAGACUUUGGGACAUAUUGGUGCAUCCCUGGAGGAACUAAUUACACCAAAAUACAGCUUUCUGUGGCCCCUCAGAAUCAGCAGCAAGAUCCACCACCAAGCACCAACCAUGAGUCCACAAGUCCAGAGCGUACAGUGUCAGAAGCAGAGCCAGGAGCCAAUAGUGAUGAGGGGAUUGCUCCUGUCAGUAUGGAAGGAACAGGUCUGGGUGUUCACUCUCACACAGGUAAAAGAAACCUCCGCCCUCCAGCUGCAACUGAAAGCCCAAGAAAACCAAACAAAGAUAGCAAUGAUGACAACCCUCCUGAUAUGGCUACAAGCGUGAUUGCCAGUGUUGCAGGUGGUCUGUCAUUGUUAGCCGUGACUUUGGUUGUAAUAUCACUGUACAGAAGGAAAGCCCUAAAAACACAAGUGGAACCAUCAGAACAGAGGACAAACUCUUUAUAUAACCCAGAGGAAAGUAAUGCAGAUCACCAGUAUGAAGAGAUAGAGUUGCAGAACAACAGAGGAAACACAGUCCUGUCUGUGUACGCAACUGUCAGUCUUCCUGCAGACCAAUUACACUAUACCAGUGUAAAUUUCCAGAAGAAAGAAAACACAGUUCCUGAUAAAAAUGACUCUUUAGCCUUGAACAGCAGUGCCAAAUAUGAAGCAGAGAAAACUCUCUAUUCUACAGUUGAAAGCACAGAGGAGCAGUAGUAAAGUCAGUCAAUUCCAGUGAAACAUGCUGAUUAUUAAAUACUUAAGAUUUCAAAUUUGGUGUCAAGAAUUUGUUCCACAGAAAGUUGUUACGGCAUGUUUUUCCUUUAACUGCAUCACCUUCUUUUUAAGUGAUUGGGUGGAGUUACAAACAGCAAUAAUAAUAUACAAAACUAGAAUUGAUUCAUUACACGACCAUAAACAAAAAAAUGCUCUUUAACUGUGAAGGGGGAUAUAAUCUGAGGGGAAUAUUAAGUCAGAAGAUUGAAGUGUGAGAACAAUGAUGAAAAGCACGUGCCUUACAGUAUGCUGUAAAACUAUGGAAUAAUCUUCAGGAAGACCUCAGACAAUGUCCAAACAUUAUCCAGUUUAAGAAAGUUUUUUAAAAAGUUAUUCAAAAAGUUUAAAGAAAAAGAACAUGUGUAAACCAAAACAAUUAAAUGUGUAUA